GUAUACAGCGCGUCGCGUCCCUAAAAUAGACUUUCGAAUUCGAGAUUCGAACACCGGUGUCCAUGGACUGUGUUUAGUGACUUUAUUUUCUUUUUAGUUUUUUCUCACCGGCCUAUGUUUAUACAACGAAUUCUUUUUCCUUUUUCACAGACUUGCAAGGACGUCCAAUUAGGAAAUUAAAAGUCACCGAUUAGUAUGUUAUUUAGCGAUAAGAUAAUUUCUGUAAAAACGUAGCAUUAGUGUCGUGGCUAGUGAAGGAUCGACAUAAACGUUAUUCAAGUGCGAUUAUCAAGUUUUACAGUAGUGUUCUAAAUAUAGCUACAUUGGAUUUUGACAUAAAAAGGUCACAAUGGCGCACGAGCAUCACCCUGGUACUCUGAGCCACUGACGGGCAGCAACAUGUCGCGCGCCCGGCGGUAACCAGCCAUGGCCCUGCUCACCAACUCGUCCGCCGCGCCCGCCUCCGCCGGACCCGCGCCUCAAGCGCACCACUCCACCACGCCGCUCCACCACUACUUCCACUACCUGAAGCAGCCGUCGCCGCUUGCGCAGAACCCCUACGCGCAUCACUCCAGCGCGCACCACAUGGGGAUGGGACCGGGGCCCCUGGGUGGGCUCGGCCCGUUUGGACUGACCCACCACGGGCUUGAAGCGGUCGGAUUUCCUCAAGGUGUGAAUCCCCGUAAGCAGCGGCGAGAGCGCACGACGUUCACGCGCGCGCAGCUAGACGUGCUGGAGGCGCUGUUCGGGAAGACGCGCUACCCCGACAUCUUCAUGCGCGAGGAGGUCGCGCUCAAGAUCAACCUGCCCGAGUCCAGAGUACAGGUGUGGUUCAAAAACCGAAGAGCGAAAUGCAGGCAGCAGCUCCAACAGCAAACCAAUACGCAAAUAUCAUCAAAAUCCUCGAGCACUUCCAAAACAUCUUUAUCUUCGAGCAGCAAUUUGAAAGGCUCGAGCAACACCAGCUCCUCCUCGUCCAAAAUCACCACGUCUAAAGCCAUCACAAGCUCAGCGUCUAACGCUAACACUUCUAGUAUAACGACCUCAUCACCCAACCUUCCUAUAACGCCAACGACGUCAGUCAGUCCUCCAAUCAACGUCAUAUGCAAAAAGGAAUCGGCGCCGUCUAACUACGACACGUCUCCUUUGAACAAGAAUAGCUUAGUCUCCCACCAUUAUAACUCCAAUGACGCAUUAAGACUCGGCAAAGAAUCAAGCCCUUCCGAAGUCAACGUUCACGGUUACGGAGUUACUCCUAAGCAAGAGUUAUAUAACAGUCCGAAAAGGCUGGACUAUUCAAAUAAAUUAGAUUAUACGGAGAAGUCUUUCGGGAGCGGUUUGGUGAAGGACCAGUAUAGUUCGCGGUUAACGGGGAACCUGACGCCGUUAGGGUCAAAUUCGUCGAUCAUGACGACUCCCUCGCCCCCCAUCACCCCGCAGAGCCUGAACGGCCCCGGGAACGUGUAUCACCCGGACAGCUACAACAGCUUCCACUGGCCGGGCAGCUCCGACUACAUACGGAGCUACUCGACUUCGCAUCAUCAUCAGGGGUACGCGCAGAGUGCGUACAAUUCGCCGUAUUAUCCAAGUCAGAUGGAAUACUUCAACGGAUCGUCAGUGAACCAGUCACACGGCGGUCACCAUGGUCAUAACCUGACCACCAACGGCAACCAGCUCUACAACCAGGUUUCAUUUGGGAACCCCUCGCCUCCGGCCGCGUGGGCCUCCCACCACAACAUCCUCUCCUCGGGCCCUGAGUCCCCUGAGAACCAGUCGCAAAACUCCCCUCAUCUAAGCAUGCUGCAGGCUUCGCAAAUAACGAACUUUUCAAACACAACCAACAGUUACUUCGCGCCCGAAAAGUACGGGAUUAACAUGGUUUAGUGAUUCUAGUCUUUCUGUAGAUUGUACAUAAGUACUUUAUUAUAUUUUACGUCCUAUUUACAAAUACUUUGAUUGUUUUGCACUACAUUAUCUACUUUGAACUACACAUAUUCUGUUAUUUUCAAAGCUUUGAAAUCGCUUUUGUUCGUAACGUCACUUCUUGUUGAAAAGUGGUGUUGGAGAGUUGAAAAUUUAAGAAAAUGUGUUGAAAUUACUUACAUAUCAGGAACUAUUGUACAUUUUAAAACAUCUAUGGCAAUAUAUACAAGCAAUCAAAUUAAUUGUAAAUUGGAUACGGUUCAGUAAACUUAGUUUUAUUUACAGAUGUGAAAUAUUUUUUUGGCAAGAUUUAAUAUUAUAUUUAACAGCACUGUAACAUGUAAGUACCCAAAUGUGAUAUUUAGCAAUUACUUACUGAUAUUCUCGAAACAAACAAUAUUAAUUUUAUUUGAAACACCAUUACAUAAACUAAAUAUACCAUUAAGUCUUGCUAAGAAUUUUACCUUUCCAAAAACCAUGACUAAUAAAUAUUGAUUGCAAAAGCCUAUUUUAAAAUUGCCGCCAUUAUAAUUUUCAUGCUUUUCACUUUGUCAUUCAUCUAGUAAUGGUGACUACAAGAAACUUAAUGUGUCAUUAAUUUGAAAUUUGUUUUUGCAAUCUGGCGUGAGUGUCAUGAAUUUGUUCCUAACUAAAUCUUGUGUUUAACUCCAUGACAAUAUCAUCGAAGUCGGUUAAGUUCUAAGGCCUAUGUAACAAUGCAUCGAACUACGCCAUCUUAACGAAAACCUCUGCGUUUUCUUAAGAAUUUAUAGAGAUUUGUUUUCAUAUACAUUCUCCCGAUUCCUAUGUAAAAACACCCGAGUCAUAUCACUUAUAAUCUUAGGCUAUGUUAAUUUACUGCCAUCGAGGCAUAUAGUUCUAUUGUAUAUAAUUAUGUGUUUAAGAAUUUUAUUUUUAAAACGAAAUUUGUAAAUGUGUGUCUCCGGCUGUAUAUGUGAAUUAAUGAACAUUAUAUAGUUUUUAAGAUGCAGUAAGAAUUUAUUACCAGUGGAAAAUUUGUGAUGACGCGUCUCGCGAAGUUCAAAAUUAGUUUAGUCCACUAAUGUUCAUAGUUUCAAGGCUAGUAGCAAAUAAUGGUGGAUGAUUUUAACCAAUGAGCGACGGCGCAUUUGAGAGCUGCCGUUUGAUUGGUUGCAGCAAUUUGGUCUGUCGUUAAUUUAAAAUUCAAAUUCUUCUAAAUUGUUGUUCCAAAUUUGCUCCGGCAUUAAAGCUAAGCCUCGGGUCACAACGUGACAUUUUCUGAGGAAAUGUAUGCAGAAGUGAAAAAGCAAGAACAAAACCUAUAGAGAUUAUUAGUUAAUUUAUAUUUUAUUUUUCAAAUCGUAGUAUUUAAUUGUAAUGAAAUUUGUAAUUUAUAGUAAAUUUUAAGCUUGGACAUAGCUAAGUUAUUAGGAUUAAGGAUAAGUACAUUAUUGUACCGCAUUCGUAAAAGAGUCAGUGUAUUUUUUUUAAGUUAAGUUGUAUUAAUUAUUAACUGAUAGCUAUUCAAAUAUUGAAUCCGAAUAUAUGCAUAUAAAAUACAAAA